AUGUGCCCCCUACAGCUCACCUAUGACGCGGUUGUCACUUACAUCAAAUACUCUGAAGGUUACCUGAUGGUGCCCGUCACUGGAGAAAUCAUCACCAAGCCGGAAGAAUACUGGAACAACUUUCACCAACAAGUGUCAAUUCCACUCGAUUACGUGCUAGGUAACGAGGUAUACACCGAGGCCAUGCCGCAACUUGCGUACGGUGCCAUUAUGUUCAUCAUUGCACUUUUGGGUGUGAGGUCGAAUCAGAGAUUCUCGCGAUUGUUGGGAAAACCAAAGAUUUCCAAUGCACCGCAGGCGAACAUAGUGGCCAAAUUAGAGUACUUCAAGGAGAUGAAUCAAUAUCUAACAUGCGCCCUAUUCAUCGGAUCGGCCUCUAUUAUCGCAUUGAGCGUUGACGCGUUGACACCCGCCAGAUUUCUUAACACUCACAAAUUUGCCAUAGAUCUUUUAAUAUGUCACGCCAAUUUUACCAUCUGGAUCGUGUUUGUCACUUUAAUCCUCAUCUUUUAUCCUUCCGCAAAUUCUCUUCCCGAAUUGGUCACCGAAAAAGGUCUAGCAUCAACAAUUGUCAUAAAAUCCAUGAAAGCAAGCGAGAAUAGCCCGUGGUCAUCACAAAUCAUAUCGAAAAACGACCGUGUAAGUUGGUAUUUGGAUAUGCCCGACGACUCGAGUAGCAUCCCCUCCACUCCAAUCACUACAAAGAACUACCAUGAUCGAAAUUUCGGUGUAUUUCAGAGUGGCGAUGGAUCAGUGACAUUGGACAUUUUUCCUCCUCAGUCCACAUCACCGCACGGACCCCAAGGCGCACCAUCUUCAUUCUACUUCUCAUCCAAUGCACUGCUUCCGAGUCCCACUUAUCCACCCCAGGUUGCGAAUCAAAAUUCGGUUCUGCCACCACGAAUCACUACACAGCAUAAUAGCCGGCGCUCGGUUAGUUUCUCGAAACCGUCGCCUGUCGAAUCUCUAAAAUACCCCUCGUCACCCGUGAAAAAUAGAAAUAGUUUGACAUCGUUGAACUCCCUGCCAACAUUUCCACCGCCUAUUACCCCUCCGCCUACAACGUCGCCGCCACCCAUUCCUACGUCGAAAAGUGUGCCGGUAACUUCCAUUAUGACAAGUUUAUCAACGGGGACAUCUCCGAAAAGAACUCAGAGGUCCGUGCCAUUAAACGUUCCCAACACUCCGAUAAUCAGAGUAACCGACUCGCAGACCUCAUUAAGAUCAAAAGCACUGUUUCAAGAGAUUGGAAGUGAUGUCUCUGUGAGAUCGAAAGUAUCGCAGGAAAAUAAUGACACAAACGUGAUAGUAAAUGAGAAAUCUACGAUCAAUGCCACCACGAAAUUGGACACCAGAGUGGUGGCGCCUUUCAUGUUCCAGGACGAGCCACCUCCAAGGGUGGUCACCGUUGCUCUGGCAAACGACAGGAAUGAGGAAAAUAUGAAAGAUAUCGAAAAUGCUACUUUAAACAUUGAACAAAGAAAAUAUAUAGAAAAAGAUAGAAUAAUAGAGACCAAUAAAACCAUAAACGAUUCAGAGAAACAAUAUUUGAAGGAAGAUGAUGGAAGUGGCAAUGAAAAACAAACUUUGGAAACGUCAUCAUUCGAAUAUUCGCAAGAGGAAGUUCAAAGUGAUUUUAGUAAUGCCGAUGAAGAUUCUUUUGCUUUAGAGAAAUCACUAAUUAAAAUAUCACCCUCGAUAAAAGAAGGAUCGGAUGAUGAAAAGAAUUCUUUACUUUCUUCAUCAAUUUCACCCACAAAAUCCAGCUCAUCAAAAUCGGCGACCCCGACACUCACAAUAACAACAAAAUCAUCUCUGCAAGCUACAUCACAAAAACCAAAGUCAACUUCACGUACGAACACGGUCAAAACAUCUUCAGCUGUAACGCCACUUAAGUCGGCACUUAAGACCAAGUCACCAACCAGCAAGUCACAAAAGUCAACAGCAUCGCCUGUUUCCUCUGAAAGCAGCUCCCGAACCUCAUCACCGACAUCACCUUCGACACCAGUCAACUCUCUAGCUACGCCGCUGUCGCGUGUCUCAACGCCCAUUAAUAAUAACAAGAAGGUGGGAUCAAAUAUAUCUUCGCGGACGUCGUUGUUGGUAUCCAACAACAAUAAAGCUAAGUCGACCUCGACCGGAAAUAGUGCAAGACGGGGGAAUGAUGUAAAAAACAGGGUCAUUAAGAAUUCACCAGAAGCUGUCGUUAGCGGCAACAGUAAAAAUAUGGGUCGAAAAUCAGAAGGCGCCCCGGAAAGUUAUGUCGACAAACAUGUGGGCUCCAAAGAUACAAAAAAUGCGACUGACAAGCCACAGACGCGAGAAAGAUCCGACAGCGGUUUUCACGGGGAUGAUCUGAAUUUAAUCGUGCCAAGUGAAAGCAGCUAUUUGGAAAUCGGGAAAGACGGCGGUUUAAAAAAUGAAAAGAUCACGAGCUCAAGUAGAGAAAAAAAUAUCCGCUCAGAAAAUAAGAAGAUGGUGGGUUCAAAGAGCGAAAAGAAAGCCAACUUGAAGAGCGAGAAAACUGUUGACUCAAAGGAUGAGAAAAAAAAAUCAAAGGAUUCUGAUUUAAAAAGCGAUAAAAGCAAUCGUAGUAGCUUAAAAGAUGUGAAAAAGAUCAUGGGAAGAAUUAGAUCGAGUAGCUCUUUGAGUACUUCGAGCAGCGAGAGUAGCAGGAGCAGUUCGAGUAAUUCAAAGUCAAAAAAGAUUAGCAUUCGCAUGUCGGGGUCAUCAUAG